UGGACUAUCUGAUAAAGCACAUAAUAUUCUUGAUGAGAUGAAUGUUCUGGGGGCCUAUGUGGGUCUUGGGGUCUAUAUAUCUAUCUUGAAGGCUUACUGUAAAGAAAAUAGAACUGCUGAGGCUACUCAAUUGGUGAUGGAGAUUAGUAAUUCAGGUCUUCUGUUGAAUGUGGGAACCUAUGAUGCUUUGAUAGAAGCAUCCAUGUGCAUCCAAGAUUUUCAGUCAGCGUUUUCACUGUUUAAGGACAUGAGAGAGGCAAGGAUUCCUGACUUGAAAUGGAGUUACUUAACUAUAAUGACAGGUUUGAUGGAAAAACAUCGGCCUGAGUUGAUGGCAGCUUUCUUGGAUGAGGUGGUUGAUAGGAUUGAUGUAGGUACUCAUGAUUGGAAUUCUAUCAUCUAUGCUUUCUGUAAAGCUGGGAGACUUGAAGAUGCAAGAAUGACUUUUAGAAGGAUGAUGUUCCUGCAAGGAUCAGACAUACUUGUCUAUGAUUAAUUGACAUGUCUUGGUUGAGAAAUAUUUUCUCGUGCUGAUGUUGGUGAGUUUUUUGAGGGACUAAAAGUCAAUAUUUUCCUAUUUGUAACCCAUGUGAAAAAUUGCAUUUUAUUGCUGCUGUUGAUUUCUAUUGAGAAAAAGGGAUAGAAUUUUUC